AUGCGUUUAGCAGUGGUGAUCUCCCUGACGACAGCCUGCAUGCUGAUUGCCGUCGAAGCCGGCAACUUCUACCAGGACGUUGACCUCACCUGGGGUGCCGACCGGGCCAAGAUCCUCGACCAGGGCCGCCUCCUCACCCUGUCCCUGGACCGCUCCUCCGGCUCCGGCUUCCAGUCCAAGAAGGAGUUUCUCUUCUCCAAGAUCGACAUCCAGCUCAAGCUCGUCCCCGGCAACUCCGCCGGCACCGUCACCACCUUCUACGUGAACCCUAACCCCCUUCUCUCUCUCUCUCUCUCUUCCCCCCCUUCUUUCUCUCUCUUACCGGGGACCCGUCUUGCAGCUGUCGUCGCCGGGGCCGGCCCACGACGAGAUCGACUUCGAGUUCCUGGGGAACGUUUCUGGGGAGCCGUACACGCUCCACACCAACGUCUUCGUGGACGGGGAAGGGAACCGAGAGCAGCAGUUCCACCUCUGGUUCGACCCCAGCAAAGACUUCCACACCUACUCCAUUCUCUGGACCCCUCGCCGCAUCAUGUAAGUCACCAUCCGCGAGGAGAAAGACGCAAUCCCCGUUCUUCAAUAUACUCCUGGUUUUGAUUUUCAUCCGAUCUUCUUCUUCUUCUGCUUCUUCUUCUUCCCGCCGCAGAUUCACCGUCGACGGCGUCCCCGUCAGGGACUUCAAGAACUUGGCAAAAGCCAGAGUAGCCUUCCCGACGAAGCGGCCGAUGAGGCUCUACUCGAGCCUGUGGAACGCCGACGACUGGGCCACGCGGGGAGGGCUCGUGAAGGCCGACUGGUCGAAGGCGCCGUUUGUGGCCUCGUUCAGGAACUUCUCCGGCGAGGGCUGCCCGCCGGGGCCGCCGCGGCCAGCGGCGCAAUGCGGCGGCACGGCUGCAGCGUGGAUGAACCAGGCGCUGAACGCCGCCAGCCGGAGGCGGAUGAGCUGGGUGCGGCGGAGAUACAUGAUCUACGACUACUGCGCCGACCGGCGGCGCUUCCCCGGGGGUCUCCCGCCGGAGUGCAACCGCACCGCGCACCACCGCGGCGGCGCCGCCCGCUGA